AACUGACUCGAUUGGCCUGCCCUAUUUUGCGCCAACUGCUUCCUCUCUUCCUGUUCUCCUCCUUCUAAACGUGUUCUCGUCAUUCACGGCCUCCGUGACAGUGAUUAGUGAGUGACUCCGCUUGUGUUUCCCUCCCUCUCUCACUCAAUCACCGGCUCCGCUGCCCCUCUCCACUUCUCCCCCAUUCGGCUUCUUCCUCACUGCUCUCAUCUCUGGUUCAAUCGCCCACCCGCCGCUGCUCCUAUCCCUCUCGGCUCCUCCUAUUUUGACCUUCCGUUCACUCUGACCUUCGUAAACGAGUUCACUGACUAUUCGGUUGACCAGCGCCUGAACUUCAGAAUCUAGCGGUGCUGUUGAAUCUUCCCAUUAUGGCAGCUGCUCUGCUCUCCCAGGCUUCGUUCCUUCAACCCAAUCGUUCUCUGAAUCUCAGAGAUCGUCAGUUUCCUCGCGUAGUACAUAAUCUCCAAAUUCAGCCUACUUCCUCGAAUCCACGGUAUUUGGCCAAAAAGGAGAAUGGGUUCGUCCUAAAAGUCUCCACGGGUGUCUCGAUGUCGAAUUCUAAUUCUCCAGUUUCAGUUACAACAGCCAGUAGUCCGAUUAUUGUCAUUGACAACUACGAUAGUUUUACCUAUAAUCUUUGCCAGUAUAUGGGAGAGCUGGGAUUUCACUUUGAAGUAUACCGCAAUGAUGAGUUGACAGUUGAGGAGUUAAAGAGGAAAAAUCCCAGAGGUGUGCUAAUAUCACCCGGGCCUGGCACACCUCAAGAUUCUGGCAUAUCUUUGCAAACAGUUUUGGAACUUGGGCCAACUGUACCUUUGUUUGGUGUGUGCAUGGGCUUGCAAUGUAUUGGAGAGGCUUUUGGAGGAAAGAUCGUGCGUUCUCCUAAAGGUGUUAUGCAUGGAAAAAGCUCUCCGGUGUAUUAUGACGAGAAGGGAGAAGAUGGAUUACUAUCUGGGUUGCCAAACCCUUUCAUUGCUGGUAGAUAUCAUAGCCUCGUGAUUGAAAAAGAGAGUUUUCCUCAUGAAGAACUUGAGGUAACAGCCUGGACAGAGGAUGGUCUUAUAAUGGCUGCCCGUCAUAAGAGAUACAAGCAUCUGCAGGGGGUUCAAUUCCAUCCAGAGAGCAUCAUAACCACUGAAGGAAAGACGAUUGUCCAUAAUUUUGCUAAGCUUAUAGAGAAAAAGGAGGCUGAGGCUUUGAAAAAAUAAUGUUUCAUUACUGUUGAAUCUUAGCGUGAUUAUGAACCGCAUAUGGCUGAGUCAAUGUUCUCAACUUUCUGAAGUCAACAAUCUGCUUUAGAGUUUUAUGCGAGUGCCCGGUGUGUAGUUCAUAAAAGGCACAUAAUGUUUUUUAAUCUCAUAUUUAUGUGGUGACCAUUCGAAGCUAUCAAUUUUCUUUAAACUACAUAUCCUAUUUCCCUUUUUUUAA